AUGAAGAUUGCCAUACUUACCGUUCUCCUCGCUUUCAUCGUUGCCUUUGCUGCCGGGGUUUCCCUACCGGUGACUUGCGAAAUGGAACUCGCCGCAAUCGAGGCUGAGAUUGCAGAACUUACGGCUCAAAAUAAUGGCAUGCCUCCAGUUGGGUACAUGAAACCUGAUUGCCUGGUAGACGGCACCUAUGCCCCUCGUCAGUGUCUUGGAUCUGUGUGUAAAUGUGUAACCGCUGAGGGUUCCAAACUCACGGAGGAUUUCAGUAUUGGCUUCGCAUACAAAUCGGACUGUGCAUGUGCACGAAGGAAACACGAGUAUUCUCUAAAGAAAAUGUAUGGCAAGUUCUUCGAUUGUAACCCGAUAGGCAGUUACAAUCCAAUCCAGUGUACCGGAAGUGUCUGUUACUGUGUGGACUACCAAGGUAACCAGGUUGGACCAGAAACAGCCAACAUUGGUUCACAAGACCGGCUCAACUGUUAG